AUAUUACUCUAUAGGUACGUCCAUUCUGACUUCUACAAUUUGAUGGUUUCCUUACAAACAAAGAUUUUUAAUUCAUUUCGGUACUUUUCUGAGGGUGAAACCAAUAAUUACUAUCACAUAACAUAACUUAGAUUGAAGCUGAAUUGGAAAUAUAUAAAAUAUUUAUGGCAGCAUUCGAAGCUGUGAGUAAAACUUCAUUACGACCACAUAAUCGCGAAUCAAUUAUAGAUGUUCGUUUUACCCGUCUACCCAGCGAAGCACCACCAGACGACGAUUACGAUCCCAGAGAACACAGAGUACCAAAAUCACCUAUAAAGCACACCAUGGAUGGCUUAUUUCAACCUUAUGCGAACAACAUGGGGUGCUGGGGUUUUGGGUCUACCAUUGGCCGUCAGCCAAGCUGGCAUAAUACUUGGCCCCAUCAUGAGCUCAUCUUUGGGAAUUCUUAUUAUACACAUGCACUUGACUUUGCUUCGCUGUUUAAAUGAAAUCAGCCGUCGAUUAAAAAUCCCAUAUAUUUCAUACAGAUAUGGUUUUCGAAUAGCUCUCUUGCACGGCCCUUGGAUUUGCCAUGGCAUUGGUCGUCGUGGACCAAUGAUAAUAGCAGUGUUUAUGUUACUUAGCCAAUUAGGAAUUUGUACAGUGUUCGUGAUAUUCACGACGGAUAGUUUGAGGGAUAUAAUGGAUUGGCCAAACUCAAAACCCGCAAUAUUAGCUCUACUAAUACCGUAUUUACUCCUCGAAUAUUUUAUGAAGACGUUGUCGGUCGUCAGCUAUAUAUCUAUGUAUGGCAAUUAUCUGAACAUGGCUGGUCUAGUGUUGAUAAUCUACCACAUCUUCUUGGCACCCCAUGGACAUUACGUUUUAGCAUCAACGGAUCCGUUGGCGCUGUUUUUUGUCAUCGGAACGUGUUUAUUCAAUUUAUCUGCCGUUGCUGUGGUAUUAUCCCUGGAUAAAGCUCUGAAGGACCCAAGGGUUCUAACAAAACCGUACGGUAUGGUUACUAUAGGCAUGCUGUUGCCAACGAUAUUUACAACUGUGUUCGGGGUGUUGGGAUACUGGUCGUUUGGCACUAUGGAGGAGAAUGUGCUACGAUCUCUGCCGUUUGACGAUUAGUAUGGGAUUGAUACGUU